AUGACUGCAAGACGUAUUGCUGAUGCACGACCAUGGAAAGAGGAAAUUUUCGGUUGUUGUUCGGAUGUAAAUAUAUGUUGUUAUGGUUGUUUUUGUACAGCUUGUUUAUUUGGUGAAAAUGUUCAUACAGUUAAUCCAGAUGCUGGAUUUUGCAGUGCUUGUUGUUGUUAUUGUUUGACAGAAGCAGGUUGUUGUUGUCUUGUACAUAAACCAGCACGAAUACGUUUUCGUGAAGCAUAUGGAUUAGAAGAAGGUCAUGGAUUGUCUGGUGAUUUAUGUGCAUCAUGGUGUUGUUCACUUUGUGGUGUUUGUCAAGAAGCACGUGAAAUCAAAAUUCGAGGUAAUCCAGAAACAGCAGUAAUUGGCGGUCUUCCAGGUGCUCCUAUUUCAACAACUGGAAAUCAAUCAAGAACAACAUUGCCAGCUACAGGUGCUCUAGUCACUCAACCACGAUAG